AAAAGGACAGGAUCUGCUGCGCGAAACCGAGUGGAGAGCAGGAGGGGAGAGAGGCUGGUGUGGGAGAUUGUGAAACCGUGGAUUGAAAAACCCUAUUGAACAGAAGUGGGAAAAAUGAAGGAAAUUGUGUUUGCCUUAUGGCUGUUCUUUGUACUAGUUGCGAGUGAAAGCCAGCAAGAGAUUUCACAAGAGAAACUGAAAAAGCUGUCAAAGGAAGGAGCGAAAUAUAUAGAUGAACAAAUCGAAAAUGCUAUGAAUGAAGCAACCCACAUCAAACUGUUAAUGGAGAAAAAUGAUGCAGAGCAUCAGGAAUAUCUACAAACUUUGGAAGCCAUCAAGAAAAGAAAAGAGGAUGCACUGGAGACUGCUGUGCAAACUCAGAAAAAGCUGAAUGAAGCUGAGCAAUGUAAGGACAAGGAAGCCCUGUGGGAAGAGUGUAAGCCAUGCUUGAAACAUGUAUGCACAAGAUUCUAUGCAAAGACCUGCAGAAGAGGCUUUGGCAUGGUUGAAAAAAAGGUGGAACAAUUCUUCAAUCAAACUCCCAUGAUUUCCAUAUGGGUCAAUGGGGAUAAAAUGGACUCACUGGUCGAAAAGAAUGAAGAGCUAAGUACCCAGUUUGACCAAAUCGAAAAACAGUAUGAAGAUAUUGAUGGAAUAUUCAGAGACACCAUAGGGCCCUUUGAUGGCAUUGAUCGGUGGCUUGAUCCUUCCUUCCCACGAAGAAAUGGAUUUUUCCCAAAACCUUUUUCUUUUUUUCCAGAAACAACCUACUUCCCUUCAUAUAGACCUUCGAUAUUUGAUGGCCGUGACAUUUUUCACUCAUUCUUUGAAGCUACUCAAAAGAUUUUUGACAGGUUCCGAGGGAUGAUUCAUAGCCCCGAAUUGCACAGUGACAGCUUCCUUGAGACAAAUGAAAAAUAUAAUUUUUCAACACCAACUGAACCAGAUCAGUUAGUGUGCCGUGAAAUACGUCGAAAUUCAUCAGGAUGUAUGAAGCUUUCCGCCGAGUGUGAAAAGUGCAAGGAGGUUUUGACUGCAGAGUGCUUUGAUUUGGACCACAAACCUUUACGCAAGGACUUUGAAGAGGCCCUUAGUAUGGCAGAAAGGUUCACAAAGGAAUAUGACAGCUUGCUGAAAGAAUUUGAGCUGAAUGUGCUAAACACUAGCCAGCAGUUGGAAAUGCUGAACAAACAGUUUGGAUGGGUCUCUAAAUUGGCUAACAUGACUCAGACUCCUGAUGGAAUGUUCGAUAUUAAAACAAUCAUGACACGGUCCAGAAGCAGCAAUGACGACCCAUUCGAGAUUCCAGCUUCCAGCAUUGUCCUUCGGAUCUUUGACUCACCUCCAUUGAGUUUCACUGUGCCAGGAGACAUCAACUGGGAUGAUCCCAAGUUCUCAGAAAUAGUGGCCCAGCGGGCAUUGGACCACUACAACGACCCCAAGAUGGUCUUUCCCAUAUUAGAAAUCCCGUCGGAUAACAUGCAAUUUGCCACGGAAGCAUGAAGCAAAAUGUUUCACAUUUUACCUGCAUUUGAAGACUACUUCUUUAAACCUUAUUAGAUGAGGAUAUAACAUAGAGAUUUUUAGCACAAAGCUACUGAAAGCCUUUCUGCACUAAUGUGUUACUGAUGAGACUGCACUACACUAAAAAUUCUGAACAUAAACAUCCAAAUAAAUGCUGUUGCAUGC